CCUAAUUUACAUAUCUAAAAGAUACCGCUCCUAUGCUUUGAUGUGAUAGCGGAGCUCCGUCCAGGCCCCGCCCCUCUCCUGGCUGGCGGUGUAGUCAGUAGCCCCGCCCCUCCGCCGCUCGCUGUGUGAGGUGAGGAGCGCGCGUCCCCGGGAAAUGCUGUAGCCGUGCUGACCGAGAGGUAAGGGGCGCGCCCGGUGACAGCUGGAGGAAGUGGCGGGGAGAGCCGGGGGACCGGAGGGGCCGCUGGAUGGAGAUGGCCGGAGCGCGGAGAGAGCUCUUUUGACAAUGGUGGUCCCUGAAAGUUCCCCCGGCAUUCAGCGUGACCGCAUGAGAGUGACAGGCGACGGCAUCAUGGACGGAGCGACAGAAGCAGACACCAGUUCCGAGCUCAAAGAAGUCCGAAAACUGCACGAACUGGUCCGAAGACUUGAAAUCCAGAACCAGCAGUUACGGGUAAAGAAAAACUUGCAGAGCCCGACAAAUGAGCCCGGCGUGGACAACCACCUCUCCGCUCUGCACUCCUCAGGAGUCAUGAACAGCAUGAACAUUCAGCCGGAGAUGGGAGAUCUGGAAAUCAUCCCUGACCUCCGCAGCAAGCUGGAUCAGAUCCACUCCGAGAAGGAGAACAUUCCCAGUCUGAGGGUGGAUUCACAGUAUGAGAAGGUGUGUUCUGACUCCAAGCCUCCCAGUAAGGACGGGAAUCACUGUGACACGGCAGACGACAGCUCCUUCUUCAGCCUGGACGGCAGUGGAAGAACAGAGCUGGAGGAGGGUUUGGGCAAGAUGUCUGGAAGGAGCUCCAGUGGAGAUCUAGUGGACGUCUUAGAUGAUUCUGCGCUGGAUGAAGUGGAGGUCCUGGAGUUGGGCUCGUGCAGUGAAGAUGAGGAAGACUGCUGGCUUUAUGUGUCUCCAAAUAAGCUGGCAAGCGCAGAGCAGAAGCCCGAUUCUCCCUUAAAAUGGUGCAGACAAGUUUUGGAUCAUCACAGCCCGGAGACAGAAGCUGCUUGUCGAACAUUAAUGGGAAAGCUUGAUCAAGCGAGUAGAUGGAAAAGCCUGUACUGCAGCCCGCUGGCAUCGCCAAGCGCCUAUAGCGCCAACUUUGAGACCAGCUGUUGUAGCAAUACACUAAAUUCACCGGGGUGCCUCAAAUCUACUAACAAACCACUACUAACCUGUGGCAGCUCAGGUUACAUGAGCGUCCAUCCUGCUCUCAGCUCUCAGUCCUCUGUGGACAGUGAAUUGAGCACAUCCGAUGACUCCAUAUCUAUGGGAUACAAGCUCCAGGAUUUGACUGAUGUACAAGUUAUGGCCAGACUUCAGGAGGAAAGUCUCCGGCAGGACUAUGCUUCCAGCUCUGCUUCGGUUUCCCGGCGCAGUUCUAGUGCCUCCCUUAACUCUCUCAGACGAGGAACCUUCAGCGACCAGGAGUUUGAUGCCUACAGUCUGGAGGACGACGAUGACUGUGACUGUUCUCUGUCCUAUCGGAGCGCUCACCGCUAUUCCCCGUCUCCCCUCAGUUCACCACGGUGCCAGUCGCCUUCAGCCUCAGGUGAAAGCAGCAGAUCAGCUGUUUCCCGCAUCCGUCCACCUCGCAGAUCUAUGCAAAAUCAAGUGCAAGACCGGAUGAAAUAUCCUGGUUAUGAAGAUGACAUGAGGCACAGCAUGCCCAAUCUUGCAAAAACAAGUCUCCGUUCUUUGGAAGCUGUGAGAAGCAGCCGCAGUUUGGAGUCUGAUCUCCAGGGGCCAAGUGGGCGACUAACCAGGAUUCAGCAGCCGUCAGGCAGUGUCCCCCAGAGUAAGAUGCGAUUCAGUUCUGGCUCCAGCCUCUCUGCAGGGGUCCGUCAGCCCAUCAAAGCCGGCCUAAGCACAAGCUCCCUCAUGAACUCCAGGCAGCCAAUCAAAUCAUCCGGGUACAACAGCUCGAGCGGCGUCCGUAAGAUGUCCUCACCCGCAUUAGGGUCCCCGAUUCCUGGGACUUCUAGAGCCAGUAAUCUUCCACCAUCUGUGAAACACUCAGGUGUAAAAUCUCAGUCCUCCUUAGGAAACGCUGCUCCUAAAAGCAAGAUGGCGCAGCCUUCCAAGAGAUCCCAAAAUCCCUCAAGGACACAUCCUCCGGACGACGACUCGUGGAAAGACGGUUGCUAUUAAAUCGCCCCAAAGAUGAGCUUUCUUUACUGUUUUGACAGGUCCAGCGGGCUGGACCUAAUAUUUUAAAGGGGGUAAAAAAGAAAUAAAAAAAGAAGAGACCCUUAACCUGUUUGCCGGAUCUGAAGACCCUUUUUGCGUCUUUGCUACAGUUUACGUUUCAGGUUUUCGUUUUUCAGACUUUAAAAAAAAAAAAAAAAAAGACGAAAAAAAUGAACAUCCUGCUGUUUCUGUAUUUUGUUGCUUGUUGUAGGAGAGGAGUCCGUUUCACCUUGACGCGGAGCCAAUGGUUUUAGAAGGACAAAACAAAACGGAUUUACGUUGUUGGACAUUUUUGCACUAUUGCUGUUGAGGUUCCGUGUGCACAUGUUGAAGGCGGCCAUCUUGAAAAUGUUAAUUUCUCGCCCCGCGCAAAUCUUCUGUUUUUGCCAUCUGAGUGGAGAGGGUUGGAUGUUAGUGCUUACAUGCUUACACUCCGUUUACAUCUGUUCAAAAAGGAAAAAAACUCUUGGCAUGUCAUUGUCUUGUCAAAAAUUUUGAUUGCUCAGGGUCUGGGUACUGAGACCCCCACCAAUUGCUAAAAUGAAUAGGGAUAAGUGCUUGGCUAAGUGUUUCAGUCCUUGUCUCUCUUCUUGCUGCAGGAGAUAGAUUGACUAUAUAGUAAGUCUUUUCUCCUGUGACAAGGAGGCAGAGAGCGAGAGAAACGCUUAGUUUAGUGUUUCUCCCUGAUCGUUCUUGCAAUCAGUAAGGGUCUCAGCACCCAGACCCCGCCCAAUCAAAAUUUUUGACAUUUUUUAUCUGUAACAUAUAUAUUUUAAACAUGUUUAAGUACAUCUGAAACCGCUACUAUAGCCUAUCAGGGGGUUGGUCUCCCCAUGCCAAACAAACCUUUUAUUAUCUCUGCGCGUGUCAAAAUCUCUAGAGCAGCGUUUCCCAACCAGGGUGCCUUCAGCUGUUGUUAAACUUCAUGCACGCAACGCAUGCUUCAAAAUCGUUAGAGCAGUGUUUUGUAACCAGGGUGCCUCCAGCUGUUGAAAAACUACAACUCCCAGCAUGCCCGGACAGCCUUCGGCUGUCCGGGCAUGCUGGGAGUUGUAGUUUUGCAACAGCUGGAGGCACCUUGAUUUGAAAACGUUGCUUUAUAGAGGCAGAGAACUCUCUCCCUGCCUCUAGUGACAAGUCUUCCUCUCAGCCUCUAGGGAUUUCGACGCAUAUGCUGUGAGUAUGAUGGGGUCAGAGACUGCACUUGCACCGCCGUCCUCACUGGUGGCGCAUGCGCAGACAAAACACGCAGGGUUGCAGUUGGAGGCGUGUCCUGUGUCAAUCAACGUCACAUGACUUAUUAGGGAGGGGGAAUCAAGACUCAACAAUAAAUAAUAAAGGUAUGUUUGGCAUGGGGGUAUUCCAGCUGUAGACAUCUUUUCCCCUAUUCAAAGGAUAAGGGAUAAGAUGAUCGCGGAGGGGGGGGGGGGGGCUGCCACUGGGGUAGGGGGAUAAGAUGUCUAUGGCCGGAAUACCCCUUUAUGGGCUUGACUAUGUAUCAUGGAAGGAGGUCGACUAUAGUAUCCACCUCAUUCUGCAUUACUCCCUGCAGACAAACAUAUCAGUCCCCACCUUGUUUCUUUUUUGGGGGGAAUGCGGGUGCAGCAGGGGACCCCUUAGUGGUGGUCAGCGCCGGCCUUUAGCAUGUGUAGACAGUAGUCAGUUUCUGAAGAUCAUGUUGUUAGGAACAGAUGUUAUGUAGAUCGUCUGAACAUUUUUAUACAGUUUUCAGUUUUUUUUGCCCAUUCAGGGAACUCGAAACAUUUUUGUAAAUUUUUUUUUUUUCUAUUUCAAAGCAGAGAUGUUUGUUUUUGUUGUUUCUUCAUCUGCAAGUUUUUAAGGUUGUAGACCUGAAACGGUUCAAUGUGUGAAUACGUGUAUAUACAUAGAUCUAUUCCAAUAUGAAGAAGUCACUGGAAAAAAAACAACAACAAAAAAACAUUCCUUUGCCACAAGGACUGGCUUGAGCUGCGAUCACAAAUGACUGUGCACAAUAUUUGUGUGGUUAUAUAAAGUGGGGUGGUUAGUUGCGUUGUGUAGAUGAGACUAUGUUUUGUGGAACGUCACCUUUUUUUUGAUUUCCUGCUCGACAUCCUCUCAGUAAAUGGAGAAAUGUUACAUGGCGUCGUGUGGU